AUGGAGAAGGAAUCUCCUGUCGUCAGACUCAGUGUGAUGUUCAGCCCCAAUCUGGACAGUGAAAGAGUUGACGGCUCCAGCCCUUCCCCACCUGCUGCUGAAUCCCUGAAGAAGCAGAAUGUGGCAAUCCAUUCUCCGCAACAGAGCCCUGACAUGAUGGAAAAUCCACGAACACUGCUCAUGCUGCUGCGCCAGAGGGACCUGGAAAUCAUGGCACUGAAAAAUGCUAACCGGAGAGAUCCAUCAGAACGGCUUGGCUGUAUUUUGCAGGAACUUGUGAAGACAAGGCAAAAACUGCCACCUAGGAGGAGCCCAAAGGAAGAAGGUCUUCAAGCAGAAGUUGACCAGCUGAGUGAUGAACUGAAGACUAUCAAGAAGAGCCAUGAGAAGGAGAUAAAAGUGAUGGAAGAUAAACUUGCAAAGACAAAAAUGCAGGUUAUGUAUUUGCAAAAGGAAGCAAGAACCCCCUCAAGAAAGAUGGAUGACGAAUCAGACACCGAGUCUAGCACUUCAUUGGAUGAAGGGGCCAAAUUAGCAUGCGAGUGCUUCGAGCUCUGGUCGGAGACAGGAACAAAGGUAACAUCAGAAACAAGUGAUCUACGGCUUCGGAGAAUUCCAAAGCACACAAGCUUUGUUGAUGCUUUUCAUAAGUUUGGAAGUAUUUCGCUGAGUGAAGAGGAAAAAGAUGAAAUAAUCCUGAAAUUAGAGAAGGCACACAUUUGUGCACUGGAUGGAAGCUCACAGGAAAGUUCACCUUCUGAACCAUCCUCGUUAGCUGUCCUCACCUCUCAGAAAUCAGACAUCUUUUCAGCGCCUGACACCAAAACGAUAGAAUCGUCUUCCUUCAAUACGGCACCAUCUUCAGAGAAAAUGCCCAUGGCGAAAAGUAAUCUAAAGUCUGACUUUCAGCUACAGUGUUUUUUCCUGGAAGUUUUCAUUAGUUUUUCAUUAGUUUUCAUUCAUAUGCCAUAUGAGUAUAUUAUGUUUCAACUUUUGAAAGCUCUUUCCCUGGAUCAUUGGAGCCUUGCACAGUCUGGUCUCACUCUUGGACAGCUGUCAGAGGAAGAAAUGUACGCCCACUUUUUGGCCUGCCCCUUCGUAGAAGAAUGCAGGAGAUGCCAUAUUGGUUCAGGACCGUUAAGGAUUGUGAGUGUACAUAAUACGGGCAAAUUUGUCCGAAUCUUCAAUACAUUAUUGAACAAGGAAAUAGAUUUAAGUGGCUACGUCAUCCAGCAGUGGGUUAAAGACUUCCCAGUGUCUGUCUAUCGUUUCCCGAAUGGCACCAUUCUGCCUGCACAGCAUCACAUCACAGUGUGGGCUGCAGGGGCCAACCUUGCUCAUGAGCAAGCUUCAAACAUGCCACUAAGCGGGCCAAAUUUUUUCAGGACGGGUCCAGAAUGCACAACCUGCCUCUAUGACCACCAUGGCCAGACUAUCUCACAAUAUAGAGGUCCUCAGCACUUCAUGGCAGCUGCAGAUGCCUAUAGCGAUAAUGUGGACCUUUCAGUGGACAAAUUUCCACUCAGUGAAGAUGAUGAAACUUUUGAGUCCUUGCCCUCGAGGCCAGAGGUAGCUUCGUCCCAACGAAAUCGUAGAACUUCAGGCAUCUUGGUAAACAAAAGGUUCCAUGGACACUUUUCUUUUGAGUCUGCGCAAAGUAGCAAAGUGCUGCUUACUCGUACCCCAGGAGUCAGGACGAAAAUCAGUGAUGCAAGCAGUGAAACUUCCAGCGCAUAUUCAGUUUCCUCAAAAAGUUUGCUUCCACUCAUAGGGAGGGGGGCAAAUUUUAGUGCUAAUAAGGCACUCUGCUUUUAUUGUUCUUUGGCAGCAAAGAAUAGCAAUUCUUCAACCAGCGAGGGAGAUUUUGCUUGUCAGACAUGGCAGCCUCAAAUUAUGGAACCAGAAGCUAGAGAAUUCAAGACUACGCUGGAUACUACACUUCCCAUGGUGUCCCUGAUAGGACAGAGGAGUGCUCGCUCAAGAUAUGGCUUCAAGCAUAUGACUUACAUGCCCACUAUCACUGAUCUGCACCUAAGGAGGUACUGUCCUGCUAGAUGACAUGCUGAUGAAUGUCAGCAGCAAAGGAGGUUUGCAUGGGUUUAAAUACACAGCACAACUCUGCAGUU